AUGAGAUCAUCCAGAAAAUUCUCCUUCGUCAACAUCUCCCACCCCGAAGAAGGCCGGAGUCGCCGCGUCUUGACCUCCGUCCGCCGCCACGUCAUGGCAGACGUCGGCCGAGCCAAGCGCAAAAGGGCCAAAUGGAAGAUUGUUCCCCUUGAAGUUGCCAGCAGAAACAAGUCACCCGAAGCCGAUGCGGCGAUGCAUAUCGGGACGACAAACGAGGCGGCUCCCCUCGCGAGAAUGCCGCUGUCCUUUCAGACGCCCCUUAUUGAUACGGACAAGCAUGCUUGUGAGCUUAUAAGCUUUAUGACUGCCGAGGCCGACUACGUGUACCGACCGUUUCGCAUCUCGUGGGUUCAGAUUGGACUGUCCGAUGCAACCGCGUUCAACUUAUGGCUCGCGCAGGUCGUUGUGAUUCGAGACAAUUUCUCACGCCAGGGCAGAACGGCCUCACCUGGCACAGGGUACCUGAUCAGCUCCGAAGCGAAUAAAUACUACAGCAAGUCCCUCACUCAGCUGUGCCAUCGACUCAGCAACCGCGAGGAGUGCGUAAGCAGUGGCGUUAUAGCAACCAUUAUGGGAUUCAUAUGCAUCGAUACACGAGUCGGAAAUUGGGACCGAUACUCCACUGACAUUCAAGGCAGCGUUGAUCUGAUAGGCGCAUCCAUGCUUGAUUGCUGCCCACGCUUCCCCAUCCCAAGACAAUUCAACAACCCUUCCAACGUGGACCACGAAGACGACAUGCCCGACGAGUUACGCACUCUGCUUCAUAAAGCAGAAGAGGUGGCCCCCGAAGGAGAGCGGAUAUACGCCAUGUUGAGAAAGACGGCAUCAGUCAUCACAAUGGUCAAUCGAAACGCCAACGAUCCUCUCUUCUGGACUCAGGACGCAAUCCUGGUGGAAAAGCUAGGGCUCGCGAGCCACUACAUAUUAUCAGUGCCAAAGUCUGCAGAGGAUGAUCCUCAACUUGAACACCCCGUCUUUCUGGUGCAGCGAAUGGUGCAGCUGGCGUGCUUGAUGAUCAUUUCGAGGUUGAAGCAAUUGGCAGCUUUCCACUGUGCUGACUUGGACCCUCUCCGCCAUCGAUUCACCACCCUUUUACAAGAAGGUCAUCAUGAAGUCCCAGUUGAACUUGAGAGGCUGCGACUUUGGGCACUCAUGACGGCUUGCUCAUUGACGGAUCCCGAAGCACAAGGGCCGUUUGUUCUCGAAGCGAGGCAUUCGAUGAGGGCACUGGGCUAUUCUACGGCUGAAGAGGCAAUUGAGCAUGUCAAAAGACUGCUCUGGCUCGAGAGCAUCAGCAUAAUCGCACCAGAGGGCCUUGGCUUGGCCCUGCGACAACCACUAAACCGAUGUCAUUCAACAGCAUGA